UUUCCAUUUUCUGCUUGUGAUUCCCCCCCCAGGCCUUUUUUUGAUACGAAUCUCCAGGGCAAUAUCAUUUGCCGUAGUCAAGGAGAUAUCUGAUGCUCAGCCCGUGGAGAGGCGCACCUGCUGCACACAGAAGCUGGGCGCUACUCAGGUGCUCUGCCCUAGAUGCCUUCACUAGCAAGAAACUGCUGUUUAUGGGAAUACAUUGACUGAAGCCAGCGCAACUGCCACAAUGCCGCGCAGGAAAAGUGAUAUUGCAAUAACUAUGGAUGACGUUGGGAUGGAGUUUGAUGGCGAGUAUGACAGUGAAAAUGAUGGGAUCUCCAACAGGAGAGCAAGAGGUGGGAGGAAGGCCAAACCAGCCGCUCGUGGAAAGAAGGCCAAGCCACCAGAGAGUGAGGAGGAAGAGGAGGAGGAAGAGGCUCCACGCAGGCGGAAAAGCAGAAAGAAGAAAGAGGACAGUGGGGAGGAGAGCGAGGAUGAGCGUCCCCGUGGCCGAGCAAAAGUGGCAAGCAGGAAGAAGGCGGCUGCUAAAGCCGAGGAUUCCGAGCCCGACAGUGAGGAGGAGAAAGGGAAAAAGAGGAAAGGAAAAGCAGUAAGCAAAAAGGAGAAAGAGGAAGAGAACAACAAAGAGAAGAAAGGCAAUGGCAAAGGAGCUGGAAAAGGAGGGAAAGAAAAGGGUGAUGACAAGAAGAAGAAAGGAGACACCAGCAGCUCGUCCUCAUCCGACGAGUCGGACGCUGAGUCUUUGUCGGAAGGUGAAAUGGCUCGUCUGAAAGAGGAAGUGGAGGAGAAGAAAAAAAUAAUUGCAACGCUGAGGAACAAACCAUGGCGCAUGAAGAGAAGACUCCAAAACUUAAAGGAGGCCCAGGAGUUUGUGGAGAAGUUUGAAGGUGCUUUGGGCAAAGGAAAAGGGAGGAAGCUCUACGCCUUCAAGGUCAUGAUGACCAAGAAAUUGAUCAAGUUCAACCGAGACUUUGAGAACUUCAAGACAGCAUGUAUUCCAUGGGAGAGGAAAAUUAAAGAAGUAGAAAGUCACUUUGGCUCUUCUGUAGCCUCCUACUUCAUCUUUCUCAGGUGGAUGUAUGGCCUCAACCUUGUUCUCUUUGGUUUCAUGUUUGGGCUUGUUAUCAUACCUGAGGUCCUGAUGGGUUUACCCCAAGGCUCCAUCCCCAGAAAAACUGUCCCUAGAGACGAACAGGCCACUGCCAUGGAUUUCUCUGUGCUUUCUGAAUUUGGCGGUUACUUCAAGUACUCAGUUAUCUUUUAUGGUUACUAUAACAACCAGAAUACCAUUGGACUCCUCAAGUUCCGCCUGCCACUGUCAUAUUUCCUAGUCGGAAUAGGAAUCUUCGGAUACAGCCUGAUGGUAGUGAUUAGGACGAUGGCAAGGAACGCCAAUGAAGGUGGUGACGGGGCAGAAGAGAGUGAGUUUACCUUCUGCUGGAAGCUCUUCACUAGCUGGGAUUACCUCAUCGGAAACCCAGAGACGGCUGACAACAAGUAUGCUUCCAUCACAACUAGUUUCAAGGAAUCAAUAGUGGACGAGCAGGAGAAUCAGAAGGACGAGAACAUUCACUUGAGGAGGUUUCUGCGCGUCCUCGCUAACGUGCUGAUCACAUGCAGUCUUGGAGGCAGUGGAUAUCUUAUCUACUUUGUAGUGAAAAGAUCGCAAGACUAUGCUAAACUGGACAGCAGUCAGUUAUCCUGGUAUCAGAAAAAUGAGGUGGAGUUUGUGAUGUCACUGUUGGGCUUGGUUUGUCCGCCUCUGUUUGAGACCAUCGCAGAGCUGGAGGAUUAUCACCCCCGCAUCGCCCUGAAGUGGCAGCUGGCCCGCAUCUUCGCCCUCUUUCUGGGAAACCUUUAUACAUUCCUGUUUGCCCUCAUUGAUGAUGUUAAUGAGAAGUUGGAGAAGGAGAAGGUGAUAAAGAAUGAAACCAUCUGGGCUUUGAACCAGUACUACGCUAACUACACACUGUAUCACAAUGUGACAGAGAACAUCCCCCCGCCAGAGAUAGCCCCUGCUGAUGUCAUCAGGGGACCCUGCUGGGAGACUGAAGUGGGCAUUGAGUUUGUGAAGCUUACGGUGUCAGAUAUUGAGGUAACAUAUCUGACCAUCCUGAUUGGAGACUUCAUGAGAGCGCUAAUCGUGCGUUUCCUCAAUUACUGCUGGUGCUGGGACCUGGAGGCCGGCUUUCCCUCAUAUGCAGAGUUUGACAUCAGUGGGAACGUACUUGGGCUUAUUUUCAACCAGGGAAUGAUCUGGAUGGGCACAUUCUAUGCUCCAGGGCUGAUGGGUAUAAACAUUCUGCGUCUGGUAACCUCCAUGUACUUGCAGUGCUGGGCUGUGAUGAGCAGUAACGUCCCUCAUGAGAGAGUGUUCAAGGCGUCACGCUCCAACAACUUCUACAUGGGCAUCCUGCUGCUUGUACUUUUCCUCAGUCUGAUGCCCGUGGUCUACACCAUGAUGACCAUGUCCCCGUCUUUCGACUGCGGACCCUUCAGUGGGAGAGAGAAGAUGUAUGAUGUGGUCAUAGAGACGAUUCAGAACCUUCCUCCGUUUAUGGCCAACAUCUUCACCUACGCGUCCAACCCAGGACUCAUCAUAUCCAUCGUGCUUCUCAUGGUGCUAGCUAUUUACUACCUGAAUACAGUCUCAAAGGCAUACCAGAAAGCCAACAUGGAUUUGAAGAGGAAGAUACAAAUGCAAAGAGAUGAAGAGAAGAACAGGAGGAACAAUAAAGACAGCACUAACCAGGUGAUGAAGGAUCUGGAGGAUCUUCUGCCCAAUAAAUCUCUAAUUCCACCGCCUGCUGCAGAGGAACCAGAAAAUCCAGCUAAGCAAGCCCCUCCCGGUAAAUCACCAAAGGUGACGGGGAAAGCUGGGACGGCAGCCACUGGGAGAGGAGUAAAUCUUCAGAGGGACGUGUCAUUGGCUGCUGCAAAUCCUCGAGGGCCUGUGACCCGCCCACCGGGCCCCAGGGGUCCAGGACCAUUGCCUGGGGUCGGCCGUGGGCUUCCUCCAGGACCGGGCCGAGGACGAGGACGAGGAGGACCUCCGCCGAUGCGAUAAAGUCCUUAUAUGCAAAGAGACUAUAGAAAAACACUAAAAGAACA